CAUGUGUUACAUUGUGUCUUUGCUGAAGUGACACCCCAGAAGUGAGGGAGAGAAGGGUUGGGCUGGCAGGAACGCUUCCCUUCUUGUUAGACUGUGUGUGUGUGUGUCCCAUUCCACCGCACACACAUCCCAAGCAAUGAGUCAAUCAGGCAGUCACUGAGUGGAAUACCAAUUCUGGGCUUUAGCUGUCCCGGGUUUGGCCCCGUUGUGCCCCCUUGUCUGACAUCCGGCCCUCAUCAGCACGCCUUUGUCUGCCCUUACAGGAACCGUGUGACCCCCGCCCCUCCCUCUGCUCCUGUGUCAGUCCAUGUGAUGCCACAUUGAACAGGUCCUUCACUGCACUGCCCCUUUGUUACAGGCCUGCACUAACUAGAUUGCUGGCACACUGUAGUGAAGGAGCCAGUGGUUUUGUGUGCUGACAGACAAGGAGAAAAGGCUCCUGUUGAAACAGUGGGGACAAUGAGAAAGGCCUAAUGGGUAUAACACAGCGUACGAGGGGGGCGUAUGGAAGGUGCGAGUAGAUCUACCGGACAAAUACCCUUUCAAAUCCCCAUCAAUAGGAUUCAUGAAUAAAAUCUUCCAUCCCAACAUCGAUGAAGCGUCAGGAACAGUGUGUUUAGAUGUCAUCAACCAGACGUGGACAGCCCUUUACGAUCUCACCAAUAUCUUUGAGUCGUUCCUGCCUCAGCUGCUGGCUUACCCCAACCCCAUCGACCCGCUGAACGGAGACGCGGCCGCCAUGUACCUCCACCGACCAGAGGAGUACAAACAGAAAAUCAAAGAGUACAUCCAGAAAUAUGCAACAGAGGAGGCUCUCAAGGAGCAGGAGGAGGGCCAGGGCGACUCCUCAUCGGAAAGCUCCAUGUCGGAUUUCUCUGAAGACGAAGCCCAGGAUAUGGAGUUGUAGUGAUGGGAGACAACUCCCCUUUAAAACCACAGACUGUAUGAUUUCCUAACCAUGAGAAAGCAGACAUCAUAUUCAUAUAAGUUGAUUUUUUAAUUUUAUUAUUAUUAUUAUUAUUAUUAUUAUUAUUGCUAAAACAAGGAUUUUUGUGGAUAUCAAGCCUCGGCGUAUAUCACACACCACCUGCUUUGUGUUUUUGCCAUGUCCCAGUCGCGUUCUCCUCCUUCAAUCCCUGUAAAGGUGUGUUGGACUUAGCAGUCCCCACAUUCCACCGGUAGUUGGAAUGUCCCCUUUGACCCGGUGACCUUUGGCCUUACCCUUACUGCACCAACGACCGGACAAAAUGGAGACUAGCUCUAUGGGCUGGGCUGAAUAGGAGGUGGGAGGUGGGCACCGGGGGAUUUCCCUUCUCUUUAUCUCAUGAAUGUGUUGAAGAAGAGGAGCUAGAGAGUUAGGUCAUAUUCAUGGUCAUGGCAAUUAUGGUCCAUGUCUUCAGCCGAAUUCGUACCUGUCUGGAUUUGAUUUGAAUUGGAUCCGUCACCCUGCCGGCGUUGGCUGUCGACUUGUCCUGCUAGACAGAUGAUUGGGGAUUUUAAAGUAAUAUGAAAGAGGGGAAUUGCAGCUUUAAUAUCUAUUUUCUUUCACCAAUGUUGUUUUUCUGGUGUUCAUUUGUGCUUUUCAUUUGGCUGGGGUUAGGAGCUGCCUAUGGUGUGUGUGCAGCACCUAGCUUGUACAGUGAUACUUCACCUUUCUCAUUAGAGCCUUAUGAACCCAGCCAGCGCGUCAGUCAAAGCGCUGACAUCGCUCUGAGCCUGUCCGAGCUGGUGUGGCUGUCGGACUACCUGUACCCCUUUAGAAAAGUACAUCACUUCCUGGAACGCCAUAGGUAUUAUGUAUCCACUGAAGUUUGUUAGGGGUGAAUACUGCCCAGGAUGAGGGGUUGAACGCUGGUGUGUUGGAAAGUGAGGUAGAAGUGGUCGACCUUACCUCACCGGCUACAGCACAGACACCCAACAAAUUCUCCUCUGCUCUGUUUUUGUAAAAGAAAAAAAAAGUUAAAGGAACGUAGAAAAAAAAUCAAGAAGCAUUUUUGUAUUAAAAAAAAGAAAAGCACAAGGUUUUAUUUCCUACAAACUCCUCCCUCCUAGAUGAUUUGGACCCUGUUUAUUUUGGUGGCAAAGACAGGAUUUUUUUUGGGGGGGGGGGCAUCAUUCUGUACAGUUUGGGCAUGAUCCAGAAGUGAUGUUGUGUUGGUCUGUAUUGCGCUAGGCUAGUAUAGGGCUCAACUAAAGUAGUACUGCUUGUGUGGCUACUGUCUGAAGUAUUGAGUUGCGUUGUGUACAAGGCUUAGUGAUUUACCUGGGUUACCCUUCACUCUUAGAUGGGGGAAAAUGCAGGUGGGGAUAUCUGCAGGUCUUUUUUUGGCUAACAUUGUUGAAAUUACCAACUUUGCCUAUUGCUCGCGCUAAAACUAUGAUAUGUGUUUUUGACUUGAUGUAGCGAUAGUCAGUUUACUGGGCGGGGUCUUCAACUAAAGACAUGUAUGGGUCUGAUAACUAAAACAACAAGAGCUGAUUUUAAGUUUGAAGGUAAUGUCCAUUGUAGGGUUUACAUCAGAUAUAACAUGGAUCUAUACCUGCUGGUCCCCUUCAGAGAUGUACAGAUCAACGUGAGAGUGAUUCCAGACAAUGGCAAUGAAUUGACUGGUGGAGAAACUAGACUGAAUGUAUGAUAGUCUGUGCAAAACAAAAGCAUUGGGCCCGAUGAAAGUAUCAGACAAUGUGCAGUGUGAUCAAGGCCACAUUGGGAUAGAACUUGGAUGGGAGAUGAUGUUUUUAUCAGCCAAUGUGCAGUGUGAUCAAGGCCACAUUGGGAUAGAGCUUGGAUGGGAGACGAUGUUUUUAUCAGCCAAUGUGCAGUGUGAUCAACACUGAUUAAUUUCAGUGUUCCCUAAAAGCUUGACUGUUCAAGGCUCCUAGAUAAAGAUGGUCGAAUAUGGAUUGGGUUCCAAUCCAUUGCCUGGUGUAAGACAGGAAAGUGGGUUUGGGGUUCCCAUGUUUCCUCACAGGCCAAAUGGAGCCUGCAAAAACUGAAUGAUGUCACAAGGAUACGCAGCAGAGUACCUUGCAAUUUGGCUUCUGCCGUUUCCUGAGCUGCCUAUAUUUAUUCACUCUAUAUUGAAACCUUCGCUUUUCUUUCUCGUUUUUAAUCCAAUCAUUUACAGGCACCGCUGUUAAAACAAAGGUGUAUGUACUUAUGCUUCAGCCACAUUGUGUCACGCUGAAGAGAAUUACAACUUGCAUUUUCUUUCUAUUUUAAGUAUUCAGUUUGGAUUUAAUGAUGUAGUUUUUUUUCUUCACAUUUAUGCAGUAUUGUACUAAAGUGAAAAAGAAAGACAAGUAAAUCCCAUCAGAAUAAGUGGAGAAAGGCAAUGGAGGCCAUUUUGUGUUUUGGACACUUGCAUAGGGGAGAAAAUGUGAUAUUUCGGUAUUUUUAAAGAGUGUUGUCCUUGUUUAUAACUGUUGUUUUAUUUUCAAGCAGAAGUGUCGAUGUUCCCACAAACAGGGUGAUCCAAAGACGACAUGUACUCAGCUGUGGUCUGUUGCUAUGGGAAACAUUUUUGUUUUCUUUCACUCUUUUUUAUUUUUAUUCCCCCCAAACUAAUUCAGUGAUGAGGACUAUUUAUAACCUCUGUUUUUCUGUUUGUUUUUAAUUCCCAAGUCGAGGACUCAAUGACACUUACAAUCCAAAAAUCUCCAAUAAACAUGAGUGUGCUUCCGUUGCAACUUUGAUUCAACAUUAUUUUUGAAAAGAUUGUGAAAAAGUUUUACUGCUUCAUUAGAUUUUUAGCCCCUCGCUCUCUUAAAUACAUUAGACCAUAGGUGUACCAAUGUGAGAUCUAAUUCCCCCCAACACACUAUCAGCACUGACCCAAUGUGAGAUCUAAUUCCCCCCCAACACACUAUAAACACUGUCCAAGUCAAUCUGUUCCAAGUAAUAUCGAGGUGGGAGGGGGCCAAACCACAUAGUGGUACAUAGCCCCACACACACACCCAACCACACUUUGUGCGUAGUGAAGUCAUUACUGAGGGACUCAGCUGGUGGCUUCUGUCCAGACUAUUACAUUAGAGGGGAAAGUAGAGGCCUGGCUUCCAUCUGAUCAACCAUCGGCGCCCCCCCCUAGUCCUGUUUCGUGGCGUCACCCCUGACCCCUGUGUUGACUGUACUGUACCUCUCCCAUGCACUUGUCUUGCAUGCAUCUGGUGUGGAGGGGCUCGAUUCAUCAUGUGCACCUCACGUUCUGUCUUUGUGCUUCUCCAGAGUGGAAUGCACCACACCCAGACACAGUCCUAUUGCUUUCACUACAGGGGACAUUGGACACACGGCAUGGAAAAUUGCUUAACAAAAAAAACAUUAUAGGAACUGUAUUUGGUACCUGUCUACUACUUGAAAGUCCAGGGUGUUUUUUAAUUUUUUAUCUGUCCUUGGUCUUAUGUGAAUUUCAGUCCUCUUCCUCCCUCAUCCCCUCUUCUACAUUUUCUCCUCUCCGUUUACUCUGCAUUGUGAAGUGGGCAUGCUUGUCACAAGACAGACGCUCUCUGUCAGAGGAGGCUGCUGGGAGGAGCUUAAGGAGGAUGGGCUCAUUGUAAUGGCUGGAAGGGAAUCAAUGGAACGGUAUCAAACAUAUGGAAACCACAACUCCGUUCCAUUUAUACCAUUCCAGCCAUUACAAUUAGCCCAACCUCCUAUAUCUCCUCCCGGCAGCCUCCACUGCUCUCUAUCUACAGGAUUAUAACCUCAAAUAGUUGUGUAUAAAUACUCUGUAAGUUCUUUUUUUUAAUAAAACAUUAACUGUG